GGCAUGCAAACAGACAUUCUGACAUACAUUUUAAAUAUUUGCUUGUUGUGUUAUUUUUCAUAUGUCAUCAAAUGUGAAAUAAAGCUAUCCCCUAUAGACUAAAUCAGUGUACAUGUAAAAAACGUCAGUGAAUGAAAAGUAUUUGAUAGAAAUUUAAAAAGCUGAAUGUUUUUGAAAAGAGAAUACAUUAUCUGAUUUAUAUAGUAAAGAAAUCUUGGAAAGUUUGUUAAAAUGUGGAUUUUAAACUAAUAAUGGAAAAAAUGACCAAAACUAUCCUGUACACCCUAAAUCAGCUCAUAUGUAAACAAUGGCUUGGAGAGAAAAAAACACAUGAAUUUCUAUGAAAUGCUGAAUGUUUUAAGAAGAAUAGAUGUUUUCUGCCUGAUAUACUGAUAAAAAACUACUAUUUUCAUUUCUUUGAAUUGGAAUGCAGGAAUAAUUAGUUAGCUAUCCGCUAUACCCUAAAGCACUGUAUACAAAUCAUCAGGCAAAUCAUAACUUUAUUGUACAACAGCCGUGCUGAUUUAAUCUGUAAAUGCUCUAGACUGCUGUAGUUUGUGAAUAUCUGUUUAUGCAGGAUGAAGGCGUAAUUUCGACCCUGUAAAUUACGCCCCAGUCAGUUCGUCCCCAGUUUUAAUGGAAUUGGUUAGAGAUCCGUUACUUAAUAUACAACAAGUAACACGGGCUUUUCUUAUACCAUAUUUCAUUUUGUUGGUGACGUGUGGAGUACCCCUGUUCUUGUUGGAACUGUCCCUGGGUCAGUACAUGAGUCUCGGGAAUAUUGAGGCAUGGGGGAGGUUGGUACCGGGCUUUCAAGGCAUUGCAGUUGCCUCACUUAUCAUAGUGUUUUGCCUGAACCUUUAUUACAUUAUCAUCUUGUCAUGGGGAGUUUAUUAUUUGUAUAUGUCGUUCACAACUUCACUUCCAUGGGCCUCGUGCGACAAUGAGUGGAAUUCGGACAGGUGUUUCGACGGAAGUACAAACAGAUCUGAAGUUUGGAGCAACCAGUCAGUAUUAUCAAACACAUUGACAACAAUGAAUGCCUCAGUAAAUACCUCAGAAAAGAUGGUGGAUUCUGUUAUAGAAUUUUGGGAGAGAAAAGUUUUACAUAUCUCUGAUGGUAUAGAUAAACCUGGUUCCCUUGUGUGGGAACUAGCUGUGUCCCUGCUCAUUGUGUGGAUUCUCAUUUAUUUCUGUGUAUGGAAAGGAGUCCGGUGGAGUGGAAAAAUCGUGUACUUCACGGCAUUGUUUCCGUACGUCAUACUCACCAUUCUACUACUGAGGGGUGUAACACUAGAUGGUGCAGCCGAGGGUAUCAAAUUCUACCUGAAGCCAGACUUUUCCAGACUUGGUGAUCCUCAGGUUUGGGUCGAUGGCGGAACGCAGAUUUUCUUCUCGUAUGCAGUUGGAUUUGGUGCUAUGGUAACGCUUGGAAGUUAUAAUAAAUACAACAACAACGUCUACAAGCAUUGCUUCAUCAUAUGCAGUAUCAACAGUUUGACGAGCUUAUACGGAGGCGUGGCCGUGUUCUCCGUCCUCGGAUUUAUGGCAAAUCAACAAAAUGUCACGGUUGCAGAAGUUGCUCAAUCAGGUCCCGGGUUGGUGUUUAUAACUUACCCCAAAGCUGUUACCCAGAUGCCGGCGUCUCCAGUUUGGGCCAUAAUGUUCUUUCUUAUGAUACUCUUUGUAGGCAUUGAUAGUCAGUUUGUUGGCGUUGAAGGAUUCCUUACCCCGGUAUACGACAUGUUUCCACAUAUACUGUACAAGCCAAUGAAUAAAGUGAUUGUUUCUGGUAUAUAUUGUGCCGUGUCCUUUGUGAUUGGGCUUUGUAUGGUGACUGAGGGAGGGAUGUAUGUGUUUCAACUGUUUGACUAUUACAGUGCCAGUGGACUAGUCCUUCUCUGGGUCUGUUUCUUUGAAGCUGUCGUCAUUGGAUGGGUUUUCGGGGCAGAUAAGUUUGUGGAUGCUGUCGAACAUAUGACCGGACAUAGAGUGUCUGUCUGGUUUGUCAUUUGUUGGAAAUUUAUUCUCCCAGCAUUAUCAGCAGCAAUAUUUCUGUUCAUGCUGAUAGAUUUCACACCUCUGAAAUAUAACAACGUGUAUGACUAUCCCGAUGCAGCCCAUGCUCUUGGUAUCUUGGUUGCUCUCAUUUCUAUGAUAUGCAUCCCAGUUGUAUUCACCUUCAAAAUCGUCAAGGAAAGGGGGACUUUAAAACAGAAAUGGGUACAAGUCACGAGACCAAUCCUCAAUGCUCACCAGAUACCAGACACUUGGAAAAUAAGAGAUACAUCAUGUGUCAGCUGAAAAGUUCUUAAAUAUUUCUAUAAUACUGUUUUAUACAGCUUAUGAAAAUUAUUACAAACGUAAUGCAGCUAUUUAAGUGUCACAAACAUUUUAUUAUUCUUCUACCUUGGAUAUCUUAGUCAUAUUCAUUAUGCAGCUAAAUUUAAUUGUUACGAACAUUUUAAUCGUCUUGUACAUUUGGUGUCUAAAUAAUUUUCAUUAUGCCUUAAAAUUUAAUUGUAACGCACAUUUUACUUUUCUAAAACAGUGACUUACUAAAUUUUUGUUGAUAAAGUGUCACGAACAUUUUAUUGUUUUGUACACUAGCUAACUAGAUCAUACAUGAAAACUUAAGUGUCACGGACAUUUGAUUGUUCUUGUACAGUGGAUGUCUUAAUCAUAUUUAUUAGGCAGCUAAACUAAAUAAUUUUCGUUAUAAAGCUAAACUAAAAUGUCACGAACAUUUUAUUGUUCCCUUAACUGUAUUCAUUUUGCAGUUUAACAAAGUCGGAAUGAAUUUGUUAUUUUUCUUAUAUCAUUGGUUAACUAUAUCAUUGUUAUUAUAAAGUGUCACGAACAUUUUAUUCCUUUUACAAAUUGGCUGUCUUAGUCAUAUUCAUUAUGUAUCUAAAUCAGAUUGUUUCGAACAUUUCAUUUUUUUAUACAGUGGCUAACUGGAUCAUUUUCAUUAUACAGGUAAACACAGUUGUCACGAACAUUUUAUUCUGUUUGUACAUCAUAUUUAUUAUGAUGGUAACUUGUUUCGAACAUGUUAUUUUUCUAAUACAAUGACUAACUAUAUCAUUUUUAUUAUAUAACUAAAGUUUCACAAACAUUUCAUUCUUUUUGUAAACUGGCUGUCUUAGUCAUUCAUUAUGCAGCUAAACUAAAAUGUAACGAAACAUUUUUUUUCUGAUACGUUAGAUAAAUUAAUCACUUUCAUGAACAAAUCAUUAUGCAGCCAAACUAAUUUGUUACGACCAUUUCAUUUUUCUAAUACAGUGACUAAGUUAAUCACAUUCGUUAUAUAUAGCCAGAACUACUAAAUUGUAACGAAAUUUUAUUUUUCUAAUAUGAUAUUGGCUUACUAAAACAUUAAUGUUAUAUAGCUAAACUAAAGUGUCACGAUCAUUUCAUUCUUAUUUUACAUUAGAUAUCUUAAUCAUAUUCAUUAUACAGCCGGGCUAAACUCUUUUUCUUAUGUAUUAGCUAACUAAAUCUUUUCUAUUAUGCAGCUAAAUAAAAUUGUUACGAACA